UGUUUGAGACAUCACCAUCGCGGUGGUAAUCGCUCGAAGUCGGGAGAUAACCGGCGGCGUUUCGAACUGGCACUGCGUCGUGAUACGGACGGCUAGGACGUGCAGGGACGUUCAUAUCCGCUCCCGACGUAUGGCCAUGGUAGCGCUGCAAAGACCAACGGCACCUCCAAAUAAGCCGCCUGUGGUGGUUCAGCAACCCGAGCAAGCCCCGCUGCCUCCACCGGGACUACUGCCUCAAGCCCCGGGACCCGAUGGGAAACAGAAGGUCGAAGGCCAGAUAUACAUUGACAAGUGCGGCUGCUUCGGUUAUCGGCCCGCAUAUCUGCAGGGCUUCGUGACGCCCAAAUGGAUUCUCUUCAACCUCAGCUGGGGUCUCUUCACGCUGAGCUUCAUCGUGAAUGGAUGCUUAUCCGUGGUACUUCCGACCCUUGAGCGACGUUUCCAGCUGACCAGCUUCGAAAGUGGAAUGAUCAUCAGCGCCUACAACGUCGUCAAUUGCUUGUGUGUUGUGCCCAUUUCGUACCUUGGGAGUAGCCGAAGCAAACCACUGUUCACUGCAGCUGGCCUCCUCCUCAUCGCCGGUGGCUCCAUAAUCUUUUCCUCGCCUUACUUCUUGGCAGAGCCUUACACGUUUGGAACCGAACGGCGUGACAGCUGUCCUGCCGACAACACCACGUCCGAUUGCAUCGGCAGCAGCGUUCGAAAUUGGCGGUAUGUCCUAAUGUUGGGUCACAUGAUGAAUGGUGCAGGAGUGAUACCAUUACACACCCUUGGCAUCGCGUACCUGGAUGAAAACGUCCCCAUGCAAAUGACUUCGACUUACGUCGGCAUAUAUUUGGCCAUGGGUGUCCUGGGUCCUGCGUUUGGAUUUUUUGUUGCCGGAACUUCUUUGUCCUAUUACGAGGAUCUCUCUGGUACAACCAGGCAAGGCCUAACUUCAAGGAGCUCUGUGUGGGUCGGAGCGUGGUGGACGGGUUUCUUAUUCGGAGGGUUCUUGGCGCUCUUCUUUGCUCUACCCCUAGCAGCCUUUCCGAGAAGAACACCCGACUACGACAAAUGUCAGGAGGAGCGGAAAAAGGAAAAACAAUCGACUCUGCUUUCCGGGUAUGGCAGAAACAUCGGGAUGCUACCGAAAGAUAUUCUGGCUUUGCUGAAGAACCGCACAUUCGUAUUCUUAUCGUUAGCCGCAGCCACGGAGGCUAUGAUGACAUCGUCUUUGACGCACUUCGUGACUAAGUACUACCAGUCUCAGUUCGCAAUGACUCCUGCCAGGGCAGCUGCGAUUAUCGGUGUGAUUGCCAUUCCUAGCGGCUGUGGCGGCACCUUCCUCGGCGGUGCAGUGGUCAGCAAGUUUAACCUCAGGACGCGUCCUAUGAUACGUCUGUGUUGCAUUGCAUGCACUGCGGCAUGGAUGUCAAUCCUCGUUUUCGUUCUGCACUGCCCGACACCUGAGUUCGCUAUCAACCAAGAUGUAGAAGGGGACGCCCGCUUCGCAUUUCCGUGCAACACAGAGUGCGAUUGCAAGACUGAUAUCCUCAACCCCAUCUGUUCCGUAGACAAUGUUGUGCACUUCUCGCCGUGUUACGCCGGCUGUCGUGUACAAGAAGUCCUGGAAAUGGGGGCUACUACUUACAGAAAUUGCAGUUGCAUCGACUCAUCCAAGACAGGCGAGAACGGCACAGAGGUGCAAGCCAUUCGGCAGAAGUGCCCGACCAAGUGCAACUUGGUGGUGCUUGUCAGUGUAGCCAUCUUCGUCUGUGUCUUCUUUACCCUGUUCAAUGCGCCACCUGCCGUCACAGCGACGAUGAGGGCGGUUCAUCAGACGGAACGUGCAACUGCGUUGGCUGUUAAGUGGAUGAGCAUACGAUUCUUCGGUACCAUACCUGCCCCCCUGAUCAUCGGUGCUGCCAUCGACCAAUCGUGCGUCGUCUGGCAGCACAUUUGUGAUCGACGCGGGUCUUGCGUUUACUACGACAACAUGUCCUUGUCACACAGCAUGUUGCUGACGCUGCUGCCCAUAAAGACGUUCACCGUUAUAUUGUACGUGUGCGCCUACAGGACGUACAAGGAUCCUCUGCUCCUGCACGAAGAGAAGGCCGGUGAUAAAGCCGUCGACACUAUGGGCGACGCGGUGCCUCAGUUCAAGGCCAUAGACACGGCUGAUGUCAAGCAAGCGAUUCAACCAGUACUUGAAGCUAAACCUACAGUCCAGCAACCUUUGCCGGUCGCUAAUAAUUAGGCUACGUCAAAUUAUCUCAAUGUGUCAUGUGGCUUUGAUACAGCGACAGAAGUAGCUACGUAAUAUGUGAAAAGUAAAAAGCAUCUCUUGA